UGCCGCCUCCGGCGCCGGGUCGGGAGGCAUGGCGGGGGCGGGGCCGCUGGAGGUGCGCGCCGAGCCGGCUGCGGGGCCCCUCGCUCGGGGUCUCUGAGCCCGCGCUGGACAGCGAUGUGACAAUGGAUCAUCAUGUUUCCACCAUCAAACCUCGAAGAAUCCAGAACCAGAAUGUCAUUCACCGCCUGGAGCGCCGGAGGAUUAGUUCGGGCAAGGCGGGCACCCACUGGCACCAGGUCCGAGUGCUCCACCAGAACGUCUUCCCCAACUUCACCGUCGUCAACGUGGAGAAGCCUCCCUGCUUUCUGCGGAAAUUCUCACCGGACGGCCGCUACUUCAUCGCCUUCUCCUCCGACCAGACCUCCCUGGAGAUCUACGAGUACCAGGGCUGCCAGGCGGCUGAGGAUCUGCUGCAGGGCUACGAGGGGGAGAUCCUGUCCAACGGCAAUGACCAGCGGUCGGUCAACAUCCGGGGCCGGCUCUUCGAACGCUUCUUCGUCCUGCUGCACAUCACCAACGUGGCCGCCAACGGUGAGCACCUGAACCGGGAGUGCAGCCUCUUCACGGACGACUGCCGCUGCGUCAUCGUGGGCUCGGCCGCCUACCUGCCCGACGAGCCGCACCCCCCCUUCUACGAGGUGUACCGCAACAGCGAGUCGGUGACGCCCAACCCGCGCUCCCCCCUGGAGGACUACUCCCUGCACAUCGUCGACCUGCACACCGGCCGCCUGUGCGACACCCGCACCUUCAAGUGCGACAAAGUGGUCCUGUCGCACAACCAGGGCCUGUACCUGUACAAGAACAUCCUGGCCAUCCUGUCGGUGCAGCAGCAGACCAUCCACGUCUUCCAGGUGACUCCCGAGGGCACGUUCAUCGACGUGCGGACCAUCGGCCGCUUCUGCUACGAGGACGACCUGCUCACCGUGUCGGCCGUCUUCCCCGAGGUCCAGCGGGACAGUCAGACGGGCAUGGCCGGUCCUUUCAGAGACCCCUUCAUCAACUCCUUGAAGCACCGACUGCUCGUCUACCUGUGGCGCCGGGCGGAGCGGGACGGCAGCACCAUGGCCAAGAGGCGCUUCUUUCAGUACUUCGACCAGCUGCGGCAGCUGCGCAUGUGGAAGAUGCAGCUGUUGGACGAGAACCACCUGUUCAUCAAGUACACCAGUGAGGAUGUGGUGACGCUGCGGGUCACAGACCCGUCCCAGGCCUCUUUCUUUGUGGUGUACAACAUGGUGACAACAGAGGUGAUUGCUGUGUUUGAGAAUACUUCGGACGAGCUUUUGGAGCUCUUUGAGAACUUCUGUGACCUCUUCCGAAACGCCACCCUGCACAGUGAAGUCCAGUUUCCCUGCUCAGCUUCCAGCAACAAUUUUGCAAGGCAGAUCCAGCGCCGGUUCAAAGACACUAUUGUCAACGCCAAGUACGGAGGCCACACAGAGGCUGUGCGCCGCCUGCUGGGCCAGCUCCCCAUCAGUGCGCAGUCAUACAGUGGCAGCCCCUACCUGGACUUGUCCCUCUUCAGCUAUGACGACAAGUGGGUGUCAGUCAUGGAGCGGCCCAAGACUUGUGGAGACCACCCAAUCAGGUUCUAUGCCCGGGACUCUGGUCUGCUCAAGUUUGAGAUUCAGGCGGGCUUACUGGGCCGCCCCAUCAACCACACGGUGCGACGCCUUGUUGCCUUCACUUUCCACCCCUUUGAGCCUUUCGCUAUUUCUGUGCAGAGGACUAACGCCGAGUAUGUUGUUAACUUCCACAUGCGACACUGCUGCACGUAGGUGCCUCACGGAAGCUGGGUUACUUGGUCUCUGGGACUGCUGUCCCUCUUCUCAGCGGGCUCUAAAGCAAAAUUUUCUGUCUACCAGCCUUGUUGGUUCCAGACUGGGGAGUCUCAGAUGAGGACAGCCAGAGAGAUGCAGCCUCACGGGUGGCUCGGCCCAACGGGUCUUGCUUUUACUACAACACAACUUCUGACUCACGGAAAGUCCUCUUGCCUCUUCCCUGUGGGAAUAACCAGCUUUAGUUAAAUCCACUCGUUUUUUGGUCUUGGUUUUACUCUGCAUUUUAUUUCUAUGAAGACGAAAGCACUCCACCUUUCUCCCUUCUUUGACAUUAUGGUGUGCAGCCUGACUCAGCUAAAUCUUACUCCUUUCCACCACGUACACAAGCACAGCUAUCUUUGUAAGGAAAAUUUGAUAAUAAAGCCUUGGUAUUUUCUUA